AGAGGUCGAAGACUUGGAGGAGAGAGAAAAGAGUUGGUUCGAGACGGGGGGUAAGCCCGCGGCAUCAGCCGAGGAUGCGGUGGAGGUGCCGUCGGCCGCGGCGUCGGCGUCCACCUCGCACUGCUGCGCGCUCUGCGGAGAUAUGUUCCAACAAUUCUUCAACGACGACGAGGAGGAAUGGCACCUCAGGAAUGCUAUCAAACACAAAGAUGAUUACUAUCAUCCACUCUGCUUCGAAGACUACAGAACGUCACUAACAAAGGCAGGAGAACCUAAAGUAAAAGACAUCGCAUCUGAGGCAAAGGUGGAAGAGGAAGGCAUUGAGACGAAAGAUGUGGAUGAGACUGCAGAGCAGUCUGACAAUGAGUCUGUUGUUGAAGUCAUCGAGGACCCGAAGGAGUUGGACCCCGUUGAAAUCGAUGACGAGGAUGACGUCGUUUUUCUACCAGAGCCAGUGGUCGAGGUUGUCGUUGAAGAUGACGCUGAAACGGAUGACGAGCUUACUGCUGAAAGAGCUGAACGAGACCGUCUCGCAGAGAUUGAUUUCAGCAAGAUCAAGGUCAAGCAGGAACCCAUCGAUCACGAUGACGAACCAAUAGUAACUGCUGAAGAAGAAACCAUCCCAACGCGAAUAGACCACACAAAUCCAACAGUGGAGUCAUCUAUCGACGGCAACUUUCAACUGGAUGCAGUAAGCAUUCCCGCAGCCUCUAUACCCAUUGGAGGAAUCCGAAUCAACAUCUCCAAAUCCUUUGUGACUAAGAACCGAGAAGAAAAAAUACUAGAGGACGUGAGUGCUGGUAGUGAGCCCUUGCCACCAAGUGAGGAGCCUGAACUAGAGCACACAUUGAAACCUGCACUUCAGGGUGUCCAGUUCGGCAUACAACCUCCAGUCAACCAAGGUAAUGAGCUCUCCGGGUUGUGCUCAAUCAUGUAA